ACUGUCAAAAGAAAAUCACAAGACGGAGAGAUGUGUCUGUACUUAAAACUGUGUCUCUCUAUGCUUUUACAGACUAGACUUGGACUCCAGUCAUCUGACCAUAGGCCCACAAGAAUCUUUGCUUCAAUUGGAGACAGUGUGAGUUUACCAUGUGGUACAUCCUACAUCAAUUCCUGCUCCUCUGUUACCUGGAGUAUAGUGAAAGAUGGGUUUCCUAACCAAUUAGAACUAUCAGGCAAGGUGAAAGCGGAUGGUCCAAACUCAGGAAGAGCCAGUCGACUGAAAGUGGGACAUGACUGCUCUCUACAUAUUCAACCUCUUGAAAUAGAUGAUGGAAGACUUUACACCUGUGAAGAUGGGGAUACCAGUUCAAGUGUUUCUCUUCAGCUUCUCAACAUUACUCUGGCAACAGACACCAAUACAGCACCAGAGAUGGAUAUCAAGCUCCAAUGUUACCUGAAUAUAUUCUCAGGCCUUGUCCCACAAUGCAACCAAAGUGAAAUAAAGCUGAAUUGGCUGAAUGAGGCCAAUACAGUGCUACAGGGAGAGAGAUUUCAAACCGAACGUUCAUCUGCUUGCCUCUCUACGCUGACCAUCCGAGGUGUCAGGAAGACAGACCAUCACAGGAAGUGGCGGUGUCAACUGAUUGAAGGAGAGGUUGUGAAGACGUCCCUCAGCUAUACCACAGAAAUUACAGGAGGUAUAGAGGAAGUGUUUGUCGCAGUGGGUGAGUCAGUAUCACUUCCCUGUGCCACCCACUCCUCUCUCGAGGUGGGCAGCAGAUUCCAGUGGACUCUGGGUCAAAGGUCACUGUCCAGUCUGUCUCGGUCAGGCGAUGUCUCAGCUGGAACUCAGGGUCACCUUCCUGCAUCUCACAUCAGCCAAGACGGGUCUUUGGUCAUCAACAAUGUGAAAACACUGCAUUCUGGGCUCUACAACUGCUCGCAACAGAACAGAAUCUUACUACACACUCUGGAUGUAUCUGCAGAGCAUGCUACCACAGACGGAAACAAUCUCACCCUGACCUGCUCACUCACCUGUGUGGAAGAUUGUGGAGACUUCAAUUUAUCCUGGAUUCACAGUGGCCAAGAUGGGUUGCAGAGUGGCCCUAUAGGACAAAACAACACCCUCAUCUCCAAACUCUUCCUCCCUGACCGCCAGGGCACAGAGAAGAUAGCCUGCGCCGUGCUCAGAGAGGGGGUUGAAAUGGCUGUAAAGGAGUGGACCAUCCAGAGAGGUCGUGUUCUACCUGCAGUGGGAUGGUCAGUCCUUCUGCUACUGCUGCUCUGUGCUGUUGGAGGGGGCAUGUAUUGGAAGAGGCAGGGCAAGGGAAGUGCUGCUCAAGGAGAAGAACAGCAGACAACUGUUGCAAUGACUCAUCUCUAUGACGAGAUUCAAGAUCAACCAAUUCAACCUUCCGGAGUAACCAACAACAGUUUCUAUGAUCUUCUGCAGGCUGGGAACUGAGUGUAAUGUCAUGUCCUCUAUCUUUAGGCUGUUAGUUGAGUUUUAAAUCUAAUUUGACUACUUUGUACUUGGCAUUGUUUUGUGGUUUGGAUUUCCCUUGAUAUUUUGGAACAUUAUACGUGUCACCAUGACAUCAAGUCUAUGCAGGUUGUUUUUUAUGGUGGAAAUAAAUUCAUAAAAAGAAAAUAACCUCUACAGAAUAUCACCAGUUACCACAGUUAAAAACCCCGACAUAAGUUGGUUACAGGAACACAUUCAGUAUGACUCCUCAGUGUGGGGAGUUGAUGGCUAAGUCAUCCCACCUCCUGUCUUGAACAUCACUCUGCUGACUUUCACAUCCCACAUGAAACCUGGUAGCUUCUCUUCAGCAGUGUAAAACUCUGUAGAUGUAUGGGACUGAGACAAGACACAUCCCACAUGAAACCUGGUAGCUUCUCUUCAGCAGUGUAAAACUCUGUAGAUGUAUGGGACUGAGACAAGACACAUAACACAUGAGAGUGAACAGAUAAGUGUGUUUAUUUAAUACAGGAUGGCAGUGUGUGAGCAUUAGCAAUACAAGUAAAAACCCCAGAACAGCAUGUCUCUCUGUCUGGAACAGCUCCCAACUACACAUCAUUUGGUGUAGAAAAGCGUCAGCAAAAGUUGUUCCACCAUGGGGUCACAAAUAAAGGAAUAUGUCCAAUCAAAUCAAGCUAAAUACAAUUGGUCACCUCAUCCAUUUGAUGAUUUCACAACUAAGAUUGUUAUUGUGUAAUACUAUGUAGGCUAUACCAGGGGUUGAAAGAUAAGAUUGUUAUUGUGUAAUACUAUGUAGGCUAUACCAGGGGUUGAAAGAUAAGAGUGUUAUUGUGUAAUACUAUGUAGGCUAUACCAGGGGUUGAAAGAUAAGAUUGUUAUUGUGUAAUACUAUGGAGGCUAUACCAGGGGUUGAAAGAUAAGAUUGUUAUUGUGUAAUACUAUGGAGGCUAUACCAGGGGUUGAAAGAUAAGAGUGUUAUUGUGUAAUACUAUGUAGGCUAUACCAGGGGUUGAAAGAUAAGAUUGUUAUUGUGUAAUACUAUGUAGGCUAUACCAGGGGUUGAAAGAUAAGAUUGUUAUUGUGUAAUACUAUGUAGGCUAUACCAGGGGUUGAAAGAUAAGAUUGUUAUUGUGUAAUACUAUGUAGGCUAUACCAGGGGUUGAAAGAUAAGAGUGUUAUUGUGUAAUACUAUGGAGGCUAUACCAGGGGUUGAAAGAUAAGUGGGUGAAUAUCAUAAAAAAGCAUUUACAGAUGUUUUGUGAAGGGUUCGGUAAGACAUGGUGUGUUGAUUGAAAGAUGAUUAUUCUUUUCACUGGCAUUGAACUGAAAUAAAUAAAAAGAAAUACAAUGUAAUGAGA